AUGGCACCCACACUUCUUAUCAUUGGCGGUACCGGCGCCCAGGGCAGCGAGAUAGUUCGUGUACUGUCCAAAACAGGGAGAUACGGCAUAUUCGUCUUGACUCGUGACGCCAAGUCAGCCGCUGCGUUAGAAGUAGCAAGACUCCCAAACGUAUCUAUGAUCGAAGGCGAUGCGUCCAGCGUAGCAGAUCUAAGACGGGCAUUCAUCGGUGUCGAUGCAUGCUUUGUCAACACGAACGGUUUCGCUCUCAGCGAGAGGGAUGAGCUGUACUGGGGUGUCAGAACUUUCGAAAUCGCCGCCGAGGCGGGCGUCAAACACUACGUAUAUGCUGGCCUACCCUACGUCUACAAACGAUCUGGAUAUAAUCCGAAGUACAACGUUGGCCAUCUUGAUGGCAAAGGUCGCGUUACUGAUUUUAUAUCCGCCCAGCCAACGGGCUCAAUGAACUGGUCUGUGGUCAACUCUGCCCUGUACCUCGAGAUGUUCUAUUCCAGCUUCCUCCCUACUCUAGGAGCUGACGGCAAGACGUUCGUAUUCAACGGUGCUAUGGGCGACGGCUCGGCAGCAAUGGUGACACUCCCGGAUCUGGCGCUAUACACGCUGUGGGUAUUCGAUAACCCCGAGAAAGCAAGGGGCCUAGUUCUUGAUGUCGCAACCGAACAUGUUGGCUGGCAUAAUGUGGCCACAGCCUUCACCAAGGUUACUGGAAAGCCUGCAGUCUACAACCCUAUCUCUCCCGAAAUGUUUGGCCUAACAGUUGCGGCGGGAAUGCCGGGCGGUGUAGAGUCGCGCUUUGGCGAGAACGGCAUGAGAGUGGCAGAUAACUUCGAAGCAUUCAUGGAACUCCACAGCCUAGCUGUAUCUGGUAGUCAAGGUUUAUGGACGGUGGAUUACGACACCCUUGACAGAAUCUUGCCAGGACGAGUUAAAAGUGUGGAGGAGUGGAUGAGAAAGGUGGACUACACUGGUGAAAAUAGUAGGGCUGUUCUGAAGACCAUGUAG